GUACUAUAAUACAGAAGUAUCUUUCUUCUUUAGUCCUUUUAUAACAGUUUGCUAAAAUGAAUAGUACAAUUGAGAAGUUUGUUUCAAGUUGGAGUGACGGUAAGACGGUACCCGAAAACUAUGUGUUUCCGACCGGUCAACGACCGGCAGAACACCUCUAUCCCAAAUCAAAAAUUAGUGUACCUCUUAUCGACCUUGGCAAAGCCAAUGGUCCUGAUCGUUCAGAAGUUGUUCGCCAAAUCAUGGAUGCCUCUCAAAAUCUCGGAGCCUUUCAGGUCAUCAACCACGGGGUAUCGAUAGAAUUAAUGGACAAUGCAAGAGAUAUGUUCAAGGAAUUCUUCAACCUUCCAGCGGAGGAGAAAGCAAAAUAUUGUUCUUGGGACACAAAACAAAAAUUCAUUCUUUACACAAGCAAUUUUGGUUAUGACCAAGAAAAGCUCCAUUUUUGGAGGGAUGCUGUAACUCAAAGAUGUGCUCCUCUAGAAGAAUGCACCCCAUACUGGCCUGAUAAACCUGCCAAAUACAGGGAGAUUGUUGGAGAAUACACGACGAAAGCGGGGGAGGUGGGACUAAAACUGUUGGAUCUAAUUGGUGAAGGACUAGGGGUCGAACCAGGGUACUUUGAGAAUGAUUUAACAAAAGAAGUAGAGAUGAAUGUGAAUCAUUACCCAGCAUGCCCGGAUCCAACUCUAACUUUAGGAGCUGGAUUACAUAGUGAUCGUAGUAUGAUAACUAUACUUAUGCAAGGAGAUGUUUCGGGACUUCAAUUCAACAAGGAUGGAGAAUGGAUUGCGGUUGAUCCUGUUCCUAAUGUACUCUGUGUUAACAUUGGUUAUCUCAUGCAGAUCGUUAGCAAUGGGAAGCUGAGAAGUGGGGACCAUAGAGCAGUGACAAAUUCAGAGGUAACUAGGGAAAGUGCAGCACUUUUCCUAACUCCAACGAAAGAAUGUCUCAUUCAACCCGCAAAAGCUCUUAUCAAUGCUCAAACUCCUCAACUCUUUAGGCCUCUUCAUUACCAUGAGUUUCUUGCAGCUCACAACGCCGGUCGAAAGGCCAAACUUAGUCCUGAUCAAGUUUUGAAGCCUUUUCUAAUCAAACCCUAAUUUUACAACCAUAAUCAUGCGCCGGAUUAUAUAUUUCUCGAUUUAUCAAUAAUAGAUCAUGUUAUAUGUUUAAUUUGCUUAUUAUGUUAUGGUAACAAUGAUGUAUUUGGCUUUCCCUAAAGCCCCGGGCUCUAAAGAGGCGAGCUUUAUGUUGUUGUUGUUGUUAGUGCUGCGACUGUUGUACUUGUACUCAAUCAAAGAAUUUUGGUACGUAUUAAUUAUUAAGA